AUAAGCUGAAGAGCAGCCUGUACUUGCCAGGCACGCUCCUGGGGCUCCUAACACGAACCUGGACUCCCAAGGCUUCUGAAGGAAGGUUCUUCCUGCAUAUUACACAUGUAGUUCCAGGAGCUGCAAUAUGGAUGAAAUGUCAUCAUCAUCUCCCUCAGCUCAGUCUUCAGGAUUCUUCUCUCUCACCUCACUUUGGAACUGGCUGCAAGAGAAUAAUCUCAUUUUGAGUUCAGAUUCUUGGCUUUCAGAAUACUUAAGUCCAACCUGGCAAACCAUCUUUUGGAUUAUCUUUGCCAUUUUCCUGCUAGUAGGAACAUAUGCCUUUUGGAAACGAACUUUUCAGUCAAUUAAGAAAGUCAUCAUCUUCAUUAAUUUACUCCUUCUGCUUUACAAGAAGGGCACAGAUCUUUUGCAAGUUAUAUUGUCCAACAAUGGUGGAAGAAUAAUCCAUUACCCCACUAGUCAAGGUAGCAAUAACAUGAUGGUCACCCUGAGCCUGCAGGAGAAAAUCCUCCAAAAGCUACAGAUGGUCGAGGGUAAAGUGAAGGACCUGGAGGAUUUGAUCAUGACCUACAAAAGUGGCAAGAAUUACACAAAGCACCCUUGUAACUGUUUGGACUGUCGGAGCCCCCUGCACACUCCUGGGUUUACCUCUACUUCGGAAACAAUGAAGCCAGGUUGAGGAGCCCACGCCUUCCCAGAAAGGCCCCAUCUAUCGUCUUGAGUGGCGUGUGGAGUACAAAUAAAAUGCUUCAAAUCCCUAA